GUCUAUAAUGUGAUCGGCGACAUCGGCGUUUUAAUUUUCAAUGACGUUGCGUUGACUAGUGACUGGCACCAUCAAACUCAAGAAAAGCCUAAAAUUCAUACGUGAAUCCGGUGUAUUCAACGUACCUAUUAAUUAAUUCUCAUAACGCGACUUGCAUUGUAUUGUUCGAUGCGUGAAACAUUGCACGUUAUAUAAUUGACGAGAAUGGCAGUCACUAUUGAUUCUGUGAUACAUCUGUGUUUCGUGGCGAUUCUUUGGGGAGUAACCAAUCCAUUUAUAAAGAAAGGUGCGCAAGGUUUGGAGAAUAUCAAGGCCAAGUCAGUUUAUGGACAAUUUUUUAAGGAGCAGUUAUUUCUCAUCACUAAUCUGAAGUACAUUGUGCCGUUUCUCCUUAAUCAAUGCGGUUCAAUAUUAUACUUCUUAACCCUGCAAAGCAGUGACCUAUCUCUGGCUGUGCCAGUUUCAAAUUCUCUUACCUUCGUAUUUACUGCAAUCACAGGCUGGUUCCUGGGCGAGGAAAAAGUGCAUAGAAAUACGUAUCUGGGAAUGAUACUUGUGCUGUGUGGAACCAUAUUAUGUUGUUGGGAUAAACUGAAUAAAACCGAGGAAUUAUAAUUUGUACACUGAAGAUGACGAUCAUUAAGCACACAUUGUUACCCUUCCUUUUCCUGUUCAUCCAUACUACCUGCCGAUUAAUCCACAUCCAUCCUGUGUAAUGUAAGUACCACAAUGAUUAAUACAAUGAAUUGAAAUUCUUCUAA